ACAUUCUUAUCCGGGAUAGCGAGAUGGCGAGUACGUACGUAUUCUGUUUCUUCCCUGUGACGUCGGAAACUAGGUAGGAUGAUACUUUGGAGACUACACUUAGCAGCUGCUCGCACAAUAGAUAUGUGUAUGCGACGGUUGGUAGACGACACCAAAAAAUUGACAUGGCGUGGCUAUUCAGCAUUUCGUCCUGCUGUCGAGCUCUGUUUCUCAUUUCCUUCAGCCCAGAACAUUUCUACAUUGACUAGUCGACACCAUUUCACAAUGGACUUGGGUAUGAAGGCAAAAAUAAGGGCAAGUAUUCGAAGUCGUCAUUUCUCGUCACAUCACAGCCGCGUAAUUACGGCCGUGGAUGGUUUUGCGCUUUAUGGAAGGCCUCACGAUGAAAAAGCAAUUGGUCACGAUUCCUAUUUUAUAGCAGAGACAAAGAAUUUCACCGCUCUAGGUGUUGCUGAUGGUGUUACUCAGUGGAUGUUCUCAGGAAUUAAUCCUGCUAAAUUCUCAGUCUCUCUAAUGGAGAAUUGCUACCACAGUGCUAUAAGGGGAGUGUCAUCACCACUGUCUAUACUCCAAGAGGCCUACCUCACAUUACAAGCUGUUCGUCCAAAGAUCAUAGGUAGCAGCACUGCAUGUUUGGCAGUAAUUGAAGAUAAUAUGCUAAGAACAGCAAACUUAGGAGACUCAGGGUUUAUAGUGAUACGGCAGUCAUCAAUCAUACACGCGUCUUCUCCACAGCAACAUUUUCUAAACUGUCCAUACCAGUUAACCAUUUCACCAGAUGAAGAUUAUGAUCAGUGUGUACAUGACAGUCCAGAUAUGGCUGACUUGGCAUCAAUAAGACUAGAAAAUCGAGAUGUCAUUCUCCUGGGUACAGAUGGACUAUUUGAAAACUUGGAUCAAGAGCAUAUUCUCGACAACUUUGCACGAGUCAAGGACAUUAAUGAGAAAUCUCUGCACACUUUUCUGAGGUCCCUAGUCGACGACUCGAGAGGAAUGUCAUAUGAAGUGGAUGAACUGUCUCCAUUUGCAAGAGAAGCAUCUCGCCUUUACUUUCAAAGAUAUAAGGGUGGGAGACCUGAUGAUAUAACAGCCGUUGUAGCGGCAAUAGUUUAGCAGACAACAUGAUUCAGAGUAUAUGAGUCUAUGAAAUCAACUACACAUUGUCAAGCUGAUUGUAUAAGUCUAUGAAAUAGAAUACACAUUGUGAAGCUCAUUUCCAGUUGGAAUGUGGAGU